UCAAACCCUCCAGUCUUCAGCAAAUUCCCUCAUUGUCGAAGCGAAUAAAAACAAGAAAAUGUCUCUCAUUCCAUUCUUACUCGACGAUUUCUCUCAUCGUCCCUCAAGAAUUUUCAACCAAAACUUUGGUUUGGGUUUGGACCCUGAAGAUUUAAUGCGUCCCCUAACUAUUCAUCCGGAUCAUCAUCAUCACCAUCAUCAUGGUCGUCAUCGUGGUCUUACACCCUUCAGUUAUUACCGCCCAUGGAAAUCGUUGGCGUCGGAACAAGAUGUCGGCUCAACGAUCGCUCUGGAUAAGGACAGGUUCCAGGUGAACUUAGAUGUUCAACAUUUCAAGCCGGAAGAGAUCGUCGUUAAAGUAACCGGAGAACAUACGAUUACAGUCGAGGGGAAACACGAGGAAAUGGAAGAUGAGCAUGGAUAUAUUUCUCGUUCGUUUACGCGAAAAUAUAUUCUUCCGAAGGGGCACGAUAUUCAAAAGGUUGACUCGAAAUUGUCGUCAGAUGGGGUUUUAACAAUUACGGCCCCUACACUUAAUCCUGAUGCUAUUGAGGAACACAGGAAGAUUCCUAUUCAACACACUGGGGUUCCGUUGAAAGCUGUUCAUACUAAGAAAGAUGAGAAAAAAAAUUAAAUUGAAAUUGUAUUGUAAAGCGAAAUAAUAAAAUGUUUGAAUUAAAAAA